GCCCGCGUGGGUCCCAGCGGGCGUGAACCCACCAUGCAGCUGCAGUUCCGGAGCUGGAUGCUGGCCGCGCUCACGCUGCUCGUGGUCUUCCUCAUUUUCGCAGACAUAUCGGAGAUCGAAGAAGAAAUCGGGAAUUCUGGAGGCAGAGGUACAAUCAGAUCAGCUGUGAACAGCUUACAUAGCAAAUCUAAUAGAGCUGAAGUUGUAAUAAACGGCUCCUCGCCGCCAGCUGUUGUUGACAGAAGUAACGAAAGCAUUAAGCACAACAUCCAGCCCGCGUCGUCCAAAUGGAGACACAACCAGACCCUCUCUCUGCGGAUCAGAAAGCAGAUCUUAAAGUUCCUGGAUGCUGAAAAGGACAUUUCUGUCCUCAAGGGGACCCUGAAGCCUGGAGACAUUAUUCAUUACAUCUUUGACCGAGACAGCACAAUGAACGUAUCCCAGAACCUCUACGAGCUCCUCCCCAGGACCUCACCACUAAAGAACAAGCACUUCCGGACCUGUGCCAUCGUGGGCAACUCCGGGGUCCUGCUCAACAGUGGCUGUGGGCAGGAGAUUGACACGCACAGCUUUGUCAUAAGGUGCAACCUGGCUCCGGUGCAGGAGUAUGCCCAGGAUGUGGGGCUCAAGACGGACCUGGUGACCAUGAAUCCCUCGGUCAUCCAGAGGGCCUUUGAGGACUUGGUCAAUGCUACAUGGCGGGAGAAGCUGCUGCAGCGGCUGCACAGCCUGAAUGGCAGCAUCCUGUGGAUCCCUGCCUUCAUGGCCAGGGGAGGCAAGGAGCGCGUCGAGUGGGUCAACGAGCUCAUCCUCAAGCACCGUGUCAACGUGCGGACCGCGUACCCCUCGCUGCGCCUGCUGCACGCCGUCCGCGGAUACUGGUUAACCAACAAAGUUCACAUCAAAAGACCCACCACCGGCCUCUUGAUGUAUACCCUGGCCACGCGUUUCUGCAACCAGAUCUACCUCUACGGCUUCUGGCCCUUCCCGCUGGAUCAGAACCAGAACCCCGUCAAGUAUCAUUAUUAUGACAGCCUCAAGUAUGGCUACACCUCCCAGGCCAGUCCGCACACCAUGCCCUUGGAGUUCAAGGCCCUCAAGAGCCUGCACGAGCAGGGAGCCUUGAAACUGACUGUCGGCCAGUGCGACGGGGCCACGUAAGGCGGGCGCCCUGCGGGACUCAGUGGCUCACAUUUCCUGCCAGCUAUGCCACGGGCAGAUGGGAGUCGGGGUGGCACAAACAAUAGAACAAGCAGGCUAGUGGUUUUCUUUGUUAAAGUGUAAAACAGUGACCAGAAUAUAUAUAUCUAUACCUGCAUAUAUAUAUUGACCUGAGUAUUUAUAACUGUGUGGUGUUCAUCUAGCAUUAGGCAGAUAAGCCACAGGAAGAAGGUGUGGAGAACCCACCUGAAACAGAUUGAGACUCGGUCCAUCUUUGGGGGCGGAAGGACUUGACACGAAAAGAAGCCGGUCCCAUGACUUCGGAUGACAAAAUGCCACCUAGGUUGGAGGGAUCUUUGGGCUCAUCAAUGAAUGGAGAGCCACCUGUUGACAGUUGCCCCAAGCUUCUGGGAUGUGUGGAUUCUGGGUGAGCCAAGACCCAGAGGGGACAACUUAACCCAAUCUAAAGCAGUGCUGUUCGCAGAGGACAAGGAGGUUGGAGAGUUCAACCAGGCAAAGGAGCACAAAGAAACCAAGUAGCAGAGGCCACAUCUGAGCAGAGGGCCUUAUUGCACAAAGUCAGAGUUUGCCUGCCCAAGGGAUGACCCCAGGUGGGCCUCCACGGCUAUGGAGAGAGGGACAGAGAAGAUUCAACGGACAGUUCAUGCUCUGGCUUAGCAAGAACCACCGAGAACUGUGAGUGGAGCAGGCAAGUGACACUGGAAAGGUGGGUUGUUCCUAAUCAUGUUUUUGAAAAACCAG